AUGACCGGCCUCGCCAUCUUCAAGAACAAGCACAACUACGUGAUGACCUACCUGUACAUCAUGACCUUCGGCCCGACCAGCGCGCGCUCCUUCAUCGGCUUCUCCUCCGCCUUCCCCAAGCUCAUCGUCGACAUCUUCGACGAGUACGGACCAAAGGAGUGCGCCGAGCUCCAGCUCAAGGGCACACUUGAGCAGGGCGACUGCUCGUACACCGGCUGGCCCGUCAAGGGCUUCUCGCCCGCCUUCCUCGGCGCGCUCAGAAGCGCGCUCAUCGGUUCGCUCAUCCGCCCGCUCGGCGGCAUGAUGUCGGACAAGAUUGGCGGCGCGCGCGUCACCCACUACCACACGGUCCUGAUGACGGCGGUCACGAUCGGGCUCGGCGUGAUCGUCAAGUACGCGCGCGAGGCAGAAGAGAACCGCAUCCGCUUCUUCCCGCCCUUCAUGGUCUGCUUCAUGAUCCUCUUCUACUGCACCGGCGAGAGCUGUAGCCGGGAUGUGACCGCGAUGUGA